AUGGGCGUGGCAACGGUCACAUGGCAGGCGAGUCCUGAGGUCCUGUUCAUGCCCCGUGCCUGGAUGUCCAAGAUUCGUUACCUGGCACCUGAGCAGGACAAGGACUCUGACGAUGACGGUGACAACGACGGUUGCCUGAGCUCAAGGUUGGCUGAGACUGGUCCUGAGACGGGGUCAUGGGCCAUCGUCCUGAGGUGCCCUGCACUGGGCGAGGACUCAGCACAAGCGGUCAGGCUCGUGCCCUGGGACAACUGGUCCAUCGGCGUGCAUCCUGAGCUCUGUGCCCCUCUGCACCUGGACUUUGACGGUGACGAGGUGCACGUUUUCAUGACCAGUGACACAGCGUCCAUGGCCGAGAUACGUGCCAGGGCCUCCAGAGCCAGGUACAGCAAGUUCACCGAGCCAGUUGUGCGUGCAGCCAUGGACUGGUGCGAUGACAUUGCACCUGAGGACGUUGUCCAUGGCACGUUCAUCAGGAGCUCGACCAUGACGCUGGAGUCACUGUUGAACGAUCCGGUCCCUCAUCCUGUGCACAGGCUGGGCCGUUGCAAGGUCGAACUCUGGCCAGUGCUCAAGGACCGUUACCUGGCAGAGGACAAGCCCAUCAGGUUCGUGGAACAGUGUUCAUUGGCCAUGUCAAAUGUCAUUGCCAGUCAGCUGAGUGUGUCCGAUGGCUACAUGGUCACGAGGCAGUCCAAGUACCUCGGCUCGCAGCUGGUGUCGACGAGGACCGGUCUUCACAUGCCCUGCUGGUACGGUCCAGGAUCAGAGGCAAUCGAGGCAAUUGACAGCGACGUUGUUCCAACGGGCACGCACCAUGGAUCACCUGCAAUGAGAGUCCUUGCCAGGCUGUCGGCCAAGGCAAUGCAGGGUUCAUUGGACAAGGCCAAGCACCGCAGCACACAGGCAAUGUCCGUGAGCCCUGCCUCAUCACUGAUCACGGGUCAAGACAGGGCCUUGUGCAUUGUCAAUGACCCCGUCGCUGGUCAUCUGAUGCGGGUCCUGAGAUCUGAUGCAGCAGGCGAUGUACUGGCCCGGGUCAUUGCCACGAGCUCAGUCAAGAUCGUGUCCGAGGCAAUAGCACGUGGCAUGACAUUGAACAAGACCUGGUCCCUAUGCCUCAGUUCAGCAGUCAUGAUCCUGCACGAGGAGCAGAUCCAAGGUGACGAGCACGAGACCGUGGCCCUUGCAGCGGUGAUCAUGGCCCUGGCACGGAUCAUUGGACGUGGACCAAGCCAUCUGAAAACCGUGCCAAUGACUGUGGAUCGGCCAUCAGAUCACGUACCAGGUGUACAGUGCACGAUCUCAGCCAUCGGCAAGGCCAUCGUGAACGUGAGCGUGGACCCUGCCAGGUUGCAAAACGUCAUCGUGCCAGUGCCCGUGAGCAACCAGUCAGUGGACGCAAUCGACGUGCAGAUCGAAGCGUAUCUGCCCAUGACCUGGCAUCUGUCCCUGUGCCUGUUCAGCUUACAGUCACCAGCACCAGUCGACGGCGGCUCAAGUAUCUGCAACCGUGCCUUGCAUUCCACAGCUCGUCUGGCAAGGUCCUCGGACAACGUUAUCGAUGACGUGGCCAGCCAACGGAUCGGACUCGUCUUCCAGUGCUCGUUCCCUUGCCAUGGAGUCAACGAUCAUGGCCUGUUGCUGUAG